AUGCCUCAUUCGAAUAAUAAAAGAUUAUUUGCUUGUCAUAUUUUUUUCUAUUUUUCUUUCCUCCCCCUUCUCCCUCUCCUCCCCUCUUUCUCCCUCCUCCUCCCCUCCUUCUCCUCCUCUUCAACUACCCUUCAUCUACUUCCCCCCCCCUCCUCCUCAACUCCCCUCCUCCCUCUCCUUCCCUCCCCUCCUUCCCUCCCUCUCCUCCCCUCCUCCUCCUCAACUCCCUCCUCCCUCUCUUUCCAUCCAUCCUCCUCCCCCUUCUUCCUCAACUCUCCUCCUCCCUCUCCUCCUUAUCCUCCCUCCUCUCCCCUCCUCCCUCUCCUACUCUUGAACACUUUUUUCAUUCUUGUUCAAUCUUCUCUUCUCUGUCCGUUUCAUCUCUCUCUCCCCCACCCCCACACACACGCACUUUCCUUUUGUCUCCCAGAAUCUUUAUUCUUUUCCUCUUCCUCCUCGUUUUCUUUCUUUCUUUCUCUCUUUCUUGUGUUUGUUUGUUCCUUUCAGGAUUUUUCUUUUUCUUUUUCUUUCUUUCUUUCUUUCUUUCUUUCUUUUUCUUUCUUUCUUUCUUUCUUUCUUUCUUUUGUGUGCUGUUUUCUUUUUUCUUUCUUUUGA